AGGGCCAUGGUGGGGCCCCCUUUAGUAAUGACGCAUGGCUCAUCGUGUAGUUCAUACUUGCUCGGUCCGUCCGUCCGUGAGCACGAGCAUUCACCACUCUCUCUCUUUCUCUCUUUUUCUUUCCUCUCCUCCUUGGCUCAUUCAAGAAAAACGAAUAACAUAAGGAAACGCGUGCCUCAUAUAUACUCGUACAUCAAUGUGCCGCGUUACUCUCGCAGUGUUGCAUGGAGGAGUUUAUCUUUUGUAUUCCCGGAAAACAGUACAGUAAACACAAUAAUGUGCUUUAUAAUUUAUUGUGACAAUAAAGUUUUGUGAAAUGGAGAAUUUUCUAAAAAAUAAGAAGAAGAGAGGUGUAAAAGUGUUGUGUGUUGGCUAGAAAAGAAUUGUACGUUUUUUGCUUGACAUUGAUGACAUCUUACUGUGAUUUAUUUUGCCAUGCAGUUUGUGUAAAUGUUCAUCUUGAUAAGAGCAUUGAUGACGUGACUUUUGUAAAGGAGUUCAGUGUUCUGCCAACAAUUUUUUGAUAAGAUUUUUUUCGUUUAAUUACAAGAGGCUGGAGAUAAAAUGUUGUGUUACGAAGAUUUUUAUCUUGAUUUAUGUCCGGUUUGUUAAUGUUUUGUUUUCUCUGUGCUUGCAUGAAAUCAGGAGAAGUCAUUUUGUCAAGUUUGGAAACAUUUGUUUUCUUUAACGGGAAGUGAUUUUUGACAGAAGUGAUUUUUGGUGUUAGAAGUGAAGUGUCUCUGUACAUGUGGUAAAAGUUGUAGUAGAGGAAGAAGAUAUUGAAGUUGAAAGAAGAAUAGUAGAGGAAAGGAGUAACACUGGUUGAAAAUAGUUAUCAGUUGCAGAACAAGUAGUUAAAGAAGAAAAAAAAUAAUUAAAGAACAAUUAGUUACAGAACAAGUAGUUACAGAUUAAGUAGUAAACGAAGCAAAAAGAAUAAUUAAAGGACAAUUUGUUGAAAAAUUAUUAACAGCAGGAAUACUUCAAGAAAUCUGUUCACCUACUUUGACAAGCAGAAGAAGAAUAGAUCAAAAAUAAUUUAAAGAACAGAUCGAAAAAAUUUGAAGAACAGAUUGAAAAGGAUUUAAAGAGCAGAUUGAAAAUAGUUGAAGAAGAAUUUAUUCAAAAAUCAUUAGUAGCGAAUAUUUGGAAAAAACAUCCAAAACGAGGAAUAGACAAGAAAAGAAAUUACAGAAAAAAAGUUUGUUUUUAAAGAGUAACAACUUUAUGAAGAAAAAGUAUAAGCAGCUUCUGUAGAAUAACAACUUCCCUAAGAAGCAAAUACAACUUUCACAAAAAGUAUCAUAGAACCCCACAAAGGACAUCAUUACUUUAUCGAUGCUGUUCUCGAUGCAUUGGACAAUUUUGCCACUUACAAAUUUUUAAUUGCAAACCCCCAAGUAUUGUGAAGUUUUCCUUCUUCUGCAAUUAAUGCUCUAUAAAAAUUACUCGAAAGAAUUGAUACAAAGAAAGAAACAAUAGUACAAAAUUUCUUUCGAAAGAAUUAAUAGAAAGAAAAAAGAAAGAAAGAAACAAUAGAGAAAAAUAUUAUUUAAAAGAAUUAACAGAAAGAAAGCAGAGUUAAUUACUGAAAGGAAAAUAGAGGAAUUAUUUCCGCAAGCGAAGAAUAAAGUACAACAGGGGAUAAUUGUGAAUUAUGGGAAAAAGAGGGUAAUCGAUUUAUGGGGAUACUCUAUCGACCCUGAGAGCAGAAUCGUGUCAUGCUAAGUGAACAUUGUCGGAGAAACACAUGGUGAUCAUUGUUGGGAGAUAAGAGUUAUCGGAAGAAGAGGUCGAAUGAACUUAUUGUUCGACGAUUCGUGGGUGAAGGACCAACGGUGAUAAGGGGGAGAGAAUCAAGCGGAUGGUGCGUCGUUCUUGAUAGCAAAAGCUUGUUUAGACAAUUUUGUGGUGUUUAUGUUGUUAUUGUUGUUGUUGUUUUCGUGGUCGUCGUACUUAUGCUCGUCUGGAUGCCAGUUUUAGAGGGUGGAAUUGCUAAGAAGCGAGGCAGUCGCAAAAUGCGGAUGCGACUUUGCACCAAUUCCAAAGAAUCCUACACGUUGCUCUCCAAAAAACGGAGACAGCAACUCGAGCAAUCAGUUUACUGCGAUUCGGAGUCACGCAAAUCGCCUGGGGAUGAUCGCCACGAUGCUCGAGGGGGAAAUUCGGACAAAGUCAAGGGAGCGACGCAAGAUUUAUUUGAAUUGCUCGAGAGGGUGCAGAGCUCGAGGCUUGACGAUCAACGCUGUGUACUUCCUCCAUACUUUACUCAGGCGUCUAGAGAUGAGAGAUCGGCGUCUAGUCCAGCGUCACAAAUCACAACGCCAACACCAUCACCAUCUCCAGUUGGCGAUGCUCCACUGGGUCGAGCCCUUAUGGAGCAAGCUAUUCAGCAGGCAAAUUCUGGAUCUCAGAAACCGCCUUUGGUUGUCACACCACCAGGAUACUGGGUCGAUGGUACGGAUCACAGACAUACUCUAGAUUCUGCGGGUAGAGCCCUCUUACCAGCCCAGCCAGCGUGGCAACCAAGGAUAGACCAAGAUGACACAGCCAAAUGCUAUAGGCGCUUCUUCGUUGGCAGAGAACACGUGAACCUUGUGGGACGUGACAGCGAGAAUGGACCGGUGUUAGUCUCCGUGAAAGCCGAAACUGUUGCGGGUCAGGAACAUUGGCGAGUGCUUUUGCGAUUACGAGCUGGUUCAACACACGAAUUGGUGCCGGCAGCAACACUCGGACCAAAUCCUUCACCGGCCAAAAUGGUUAAGGUAAUCAACGAGUCACUCAACGUAAAUAAUCUAAUGCCUGUGGUAUGCUCCGGUGCUGGAACUUUGAUUGCUCGUUACGAUGAGCAUGCCCUCGUAUCCAGAUUCAAAUUUGGUGUUCUACAUCAGAGAGCUGGUCAACUAACAGAGGAGCAACUCUUCAGUAAUCGUCAAAUUACUCCGGCCUUUCAGGAAUUUCUUGAUCUUCUCGGUCAGAGGAUCGACUUGAAGGAUCAUAAAGGAUAUCGUGGUGGAUUAGAUACGAGGCAUGGACAGACGGGCGACUCCGCGGUCUAUGAGGUAUUCCGAGGUCGAGAGGUACUCUUUCACGUAGCAUCAUUAUUACCAUACAGUCCGGGCGACUCGCAACAAUUGCAACGCAAAAGGCACAUUGGAAACGACAUAGUUGCAAUCAUCUUUCAAGAGGAACCUACGCCCUUUAGUCCUGACAUGAUUGCCAGCCAUUUCCUUCACGCCUUCAUUGUCGUUCAGGUCAUUGAUCCCUGCACUCCUAACACAAGGUACAAAGUGAGUGUAACAUCUCGCCUUGACGUUCCGUGGUUUGGACCAUCAUUACCUUCACCCGCCGUUUUUCUGCGAGGCGUUGAAUUUAAAGAGUUCCUUCUCACGAAACUUGUCAAUGCCGAGAAUGCCGCCUAUAAAGCUGAACAAUUCUCCAAACUCGAGUUGAGAACGAGAUCGGCGCUAUUAGAAUCACUAACCGAGGAGUUGCAGACAAAGACAAAUGAAUUCCUUGGCGGAGGAACGAAUCUUGGAACGGGUUUAGGUUCAAAUUGUCCUGUGAGUCCAACAUCGAGCGAUGUAUCGACAACAUCAGGAAGUGGAGGCAGUGGCAAUCGUUUCAUUGAUACCGUGAGAAAGGCAUUAAUUUCCCGCGUGCGAAAUGCAUCGACUGAAAGUGUACCGCAACAAUUAUCCAAGAAAGGACAAUCAUCGGAACCAAGUCCACCGAGUAAUCGUCAAUCGGGCAUUAAAAUUAGCAGUAAACGUUCAACAGAACCGUCGAGUCCAAUUGGCUCGCCUGAUUUAACAUUGCGAAGGGAUUCGGAUCAUGCGAGUUUGGGCAGUCAGGACAGUAGUUUAUCGAAUACUGAUAAUCAGGACAGUAGUUUGACGACAUUGCAGCAGGACGAGGUCGAUAGACGUGAAUCAAAUUCAUCGAUUAAUGGUGGUUGCACCAUUACAAGUUGCGAUACGACGAUAGUCGAUAAAAUUGUUGUCGCAACGACAACAGCAAACACAACGUCAGUAUUGUCAUCAUCAUUCCAAAGAUUGACGCAUGAAAAUUUGAGGAAACGCGAGGAGCGCGGCGAAAAGACGGAGGCAACUACGCGAAUUGUCUCUGAGAGCGAUGAUAGUUCAUUAAAUAGUGAAUUGGAAUUAGAUCAGGCUGUUUAUCCUGAUAGUGAUACGGGUCUUGAGUCGAUGAGUUCCGCUGAGACGCAUGAGGCAACGAGAUGUCCGGCUAAAGAAGGGGCCACGGAAAAUGAGACUCUCAGAAUGGAGGUCACUCGGUUAAAAUGCGAUAAGCUGGACUUGUUGAGGCAAAAUGUGACCUGUCAACGGGACAUUAAACGACUCCGCGAGAAGGAGUUGCAAUUGCAAUCGGAUUUAGCCGCCGCUUCGAAAGAAAUACUUCGAUUAAGAGCAAUGUUGAAGGAAUGUUCCUCAAGUAUUCCACUGGACAACAACAAUCAACAAACAUCAACAGUUUGAAGAAACAAAUCUUGUGGACCAUAAGUUAUUUUUUUUAAUUCACAAUUAUUGUUCUUAAUAACAAAAAAAAUAGAAACAUGUUGUCGAUAAUUGAAACAAGGGGAACAGAAAGAAUUUAUAGGCAUUUAUUGUUUUAGCAAUAAUUUCCGAUAAAGAGAAACUAAAGGAAAUUACUCCUCAACAAUUUCCUUUGUGAUUUCGCCAAUGAAUCACAAUUUUUUUUCUUAUUGAAAAUAAUUUAUUGGGUACAAAGUUUUAUAGUCGAAAAAGAGAUCCUUCAAUCUCCCGGAUAGAAUUUGUUUUUUUCUCCUUUUUUUUUGUUUCCGGUAGAAAAGGAUCUCAAAAAUGUGAGAGUACUUUUCCAAGUUGAGUAUUUAACUAAAAAAAAUUAAUUUAUUAGUAGCUUUUAAGAAGCCCUCAUGUAGUUUAAUGUAUAGAAAAAGAAUGUCAUUAACGUACAAUGAUUAGAAAGAGAGAGAGAGAGAGAGAGAGAGAUAUUAAACUGGUGUUUAAAUUUUCUAUUAGAUUAACCUAUGGCACUACGAUAAAAAAAGAAAAAUAUUUAAGAAAAAAAGAAUUUUAAAAACGUAGAUGCACACCACAAAAAAUAUUAUUGACGUUACCGUGCAAAUUCUUUGGAAAAAAUUCAUUUCGUCUUAGAGACGAUAGCUUUAUUCUAUUAGCGGCAAUGUUUUUCAAAGUAAAAAAUAUAAAGUAGUUUUUAUUUAGACAAAGAAAAUUGUAUAAAAUUUAGAAUUUAUUGUCGAGUAAGAAAAUAUUUGACAAUCGAAGAAUCCGUCAUUUAGCUAAACGCCUAGGCAGUUAGCUAAUCGGCGCCGAAUAGACGAACGAGCUUCAAUAUUA